GUCAAAUAUGGCCGUGCUGGACGAGUGUCUAAAGGUUACUGUUAUAGACUGAUACACAAGGAUUUCUGGGACAACUCCAUUCCUGACCAUGUGGUUCCGGAGAUGUUGCGUUGUCCAUUAGGAAGCACAAUAUUGAAAGUGAAGUUACUUGACAUGGGCGAACCAAGAGCUCUGUUGGCCACUGCCCUUUCUCCGCCUAGUCUGAGUGACAUUGAACGUACCAUCCUUCUACUAAAGGAGGUUGGAGCACUUGCAGUGAGCGGGCAGAGAGAAGAUGAAAACCCCCAUGAUGGUGAACUGACCUUCUUAGGAAGAGUUUUAGCCCAGCUUCCUGUUAAUCAGCAGCUUGGCAAACUCAUCGUCCUCGGACAUGUGUUUGGAUGUCUAGAUGAAUGUCUGAUCAUAGCUGCAGCUCUUUCUUUGAAGAAUUUUUUUGCAAUGCCUUUUAGGCAGCAUCUCGAUGGAUAUAGGAACAAGGUGAAUUUCUCUGGCAAUAGUAAGAGUGACUGUAUUGCACUUAUUGAGGCAUUUAAAACUUGGCAGACCUGCAGACAGAGAGGAGAGCUGCGGCAUCCAAAGGAUGAGCUUGACUGGGGAUGGUUAAAUUACAUUCAAAUCAAGAGAAUUAGAGAGGUGGCUGAAUUGUAUGAAGAAUUGAAGAAUAGAAUCUCACAGUUCAACAUGCAUGUUGAUUCUCGACGGCCUGUCAUGGACCAAGAGUAUAUCUAUAAGCAGAGAUUCAUCCUUCAGGUUGUACUGGCAGGUGCUUUUUAUCCAAACUACUUUACUUUUGGGCCACCUGAUGAAGAGAUGGCAGUGAGGGAGCUGGCCGGCAAAGACCCGAAGACGACCGUCGUGUUGAAACACAUUCCUCCCUAUGGAUUUCUCUACUAUAAACAACUGCAGUCUCUCUUUAGACAAUGUGGUCAAGUCAAAUCCAUUGUAUUUGAUGGUUCAAAAGCCUUUGUGGAGUUUGCACGGAAUCCGACAGAGAGGUUUAAAACUCUUCCUGCGGUGUACAUGGCAGUUAAGAUGUCGCAGCUGAAGGUUUCCCUGGAGCUCAGCGUCCACUCUGCAGAGGAGAUUGAAGGGAAGGUGCAAGGAGGGACUGUGUCAAAGCUCAGGAACACGAGGGUGAAUGUGGACUUCCAAAAGCAGACAGUAGACGCUCUGCAAGUCUCAUUGGACACAUCAGACAGACCUCGGACGACCACAGACCUCCUUUUAACAAUCGACGUUACAGAGGUGGUUGAAGUGGGACACUUUUGGGGAUAUAGGAUUGAUGAAAAGAACUCAGAGAUUCUGAGAAAGCUGACUGCUGAAAUAAACCGACUGAAAUUGGUUCCCCUGCCCGUUCACCCACACCCAGACUUGGUCUGUCUGGCUCCUUUCUCUGAAUUUGAUAGAGAAAGCUACUUUAGGGCUCAAAUCCUUUAUGUUUCUGGGAAUUCUGCUGAGGUCUUCUUUGUAGACUAUGGUAACAGAGCGCACGUGGAGCUGGCUCUUCUGAUGGAGAUUCCCUGUCAGCUUCUUGAACUUCCGUUUCAGGCUUUGGAAUUUAAGAUUUGCAAAAUGCGCCCGUCUGCGAAGUCUCUGGUGUGUGGCGAGCACUGGAGCGGUGCGGCCAGCAGGCGGUUUGCCUCCCUGGUGAGCGGCUGCACUCUCCUCGUGAAGGUCUUCUCUGUUGUGCACAAUGUCCUGCACGUGGAUGUGUAUCGGUACUCGGGGGUCCAGGACACCAUCAGCAUAAGAGAUGUCCUCAUCAAGGAGGGCUAUGCCGAGCUCGCGGAGGAGUCCUUUGAGUCGAAACAAAGCCAUGAAGUUCUCAAGAGUCUCUUUUCCAAAUCAGUAGAAAAUGUGACAGACAUCUCUGUGCCAUCGCCUGUGAAAGAUGACGAAAAGUACCUGAUCCGGAUUUUGUUGGAGAGCUUUUCUUCUAAUAAGCUGGGUACCCCAAACUGCAAGGCAAUACUUCAUGGGCCUUUUAACCCUUAUGAACUGAAGUGUCAUAGUUUGACCAGAAUAUCCAAGUUCAGAUGUGUUUGGAUUGAGAAGGAGAGCAUCAACUCUGUCAUCAUCAGCGACACCCCUGAAGAUCUUCACCAGAGAAUGCUGGUUGCAGCUUCCCUUUCAGUCAAUGCAACUGGGUCUACUAUGCUGCUGAGAGAGACCUCUCUGAUGCCUCACAUCCCUGGCCUCCCGGCUCUUCUCAGCAUGCUCUUUGCACCGGUGAUGGAGUUAAGGGUUGAUCGGGAUGGAAAAUGCUAUACUGGAGUCCUUUGUGGUUUGGGCUGGAAUCCAAGUACAGGGGCCCCUGUACUGCCAGAGCAUGACAUUGAGCUAGCGUUUGAUGUUCAGUUCAGCGUGGAGGAUAUCGUAGAGAUUAAUAUUCUCAGGGCUGCUAUUAACAAGCUAGUAUGUGAUGGACCAAAUGGAUCGAAGUAUCUUGGGCCAGAAAGAAUUGCACAGUUACAGGAUAACGCUCGUCAGAAACUUUUAGGUUUGUUCUGUCAGUUGAAACCGAGAGAGAGAAUUGUUCCUAAUUGGCAUGAAAAGCCAUAUGAGUGGAAUCAGGUUGACCCGAAGCUGGUCAUGGAGCAGGCUGACCGGGAGAGCAGCAGAGGGAACACCUUUCUCUACCAGCUUCACAAGCUCAUCGUCCUCAGUACCUAGGGUGCGGGCAGGCUGUCCCCCUGCCCCUGCUGGAGGAAGCUGCGGAGAGCAGGGCUAAAGGCUCCCCGCAGCCCGACUCCUCUGCAUCUGAGCGCUACAGUCUUUGCCCACUGCACAUGGUGGUCUUCUCCAUCCUGUGUCCUUUUCUCUUUGGGUGAUGGCUGGAGAGUGGUGUUACUGUUAAAGGGGAAAGGGUUGGAAAGUCUAGUCUUUUCCAGAAACAGAAAAUCAAUGUAUUAAACAUCUUCUUAAAAAUUGUUCUGACGGAAGAUUUCGUUUGGAAAAAGAACCGUGUUUUGGUUUAAAUUUAUUAAGGUGAAUAGAAGUAGCUCAUCUUAGAUGUAAGGUUCAGGGUGGCUUGUGUGCUCUGUUACAGUGAUUUAAAGCUGGGGCACAGGAAAACCAGGGCUCCCUGUUUUACCACAAGGGAGAAGUCGUGUCUUUUUCAAAACCAUGUGGUAUGUUCUAAUUUUUUUUUCCAUGAGGAAAAAUACCUAAUUUUGGUAAAACUAACUUCAGUUUUGUAUAUCUUAGAUUUUUACUUAUGUUACAAUUCUUAGUCCACAUUUUGGAAAUGAGAGAGAUUACCUGGCAACUAUAUCUAUAUUAAAACAUAAAAGCAUUAGACUAAGUUUCUGUUUCUGACAGUUUUUAGAGGAGAUUAAAAUGUAUUUUAUUCUAAAAAAUCUGAGUUUAUG